CCCGACGGUUAUUGCAGACCAUUUGAUAUUGCUGCAAAUGGUUUUUCGCGUGCCGAAACGGUGUCAGUGGCAUAUCUUCAAAAGAUGAAGAAUGCGAAGAGGAUUUAUGCCAUAUGUCCGCACAUUAAAUUAAACAGUGACGGUUACAAAGAAGAUGGAAUAACAUAUCCAUCGUCAUUUAUGCAAAGUACUUUACUAACAGAAUUAUACAAUGAAUGUGGAAUACCGACAUCUUGUUUGGAUUACGUUGAAGCACAUGGUACCGGCACCAAAGCUGGUGAUGCGCAAGAAAUUAAUGCUAUCCAUAACACAUUGUGUAAGAAUAGAAAAACUCCAUUAAUGAUCGGAUCUGUAAAAUCCAAUCUUGGCCAUGCUGAACCUGCUAGCGGUUUCAUUCAAAUAGCUAAGGUAAAAAGAUCGGAA